GCGAGAGAGUGCGAUUGUGAGUGACGAUUUGGAUUAAAAUAUUCACGUUACGAAUACCGCGCGCGUCUCCAUGGUGCAGCACGCGCUCUCCGUAAACACUCAAAGCUGCGUCUGGUGUCUAGGCGACGCAGAGACGCGCGCGAGCUUCAUUCAGAUCUCCGGCACUCAGCAGAAGUGUUUCAUCCAUCAGAGACCCUCAGCAAUCAUGUACAGUCGCGCGCCCAGGGUGACGGAUCUCAGCGCCGGGAGCGCGAGCACCGCCAAUGUGGGUCCGGGUUCCUACAACAUCCAGAGAUCUGCUCCAGAAAGAACCGAGUCCUUUGCUCCGUUCCUCUCUCUCUCCUCCAGGCCCUCAGUGUUUGACAGGUUGGAAAGUGAAAAGUGUUCUCCUGGACCAGCUCACUAUGAUGAAGACCUUACCUGGGCUCCAUUACCUGGUGGAAAUUCUCUGCAGAACCGCUCCAGGCGUUUUGAGGAUGCAAGUUCAAAUGUUCCAGGUCCAGGAACCUAUAACAUCAUCCAGCCUUUGGGGAGGAAACUUUAUCCACCCACCAUCCCAGACAAGGGCAUUAAGUGUGUGAGGAUGUUGUUCCACUCUGCUCCCUCCAUCCCGUCUCCCAGUCAGGCGUUUGGCUACGAGGAGAACGAGCAGGGAGAACUGUGCAGGCAGAAACCUCCCAGAACUGACCAGAGCCUUGGCCCUGCCUACUAUAAUCCAACCCAGGUGGCACCGCUGUAUAAAGGAAUCCACUUUGGAAAAAUGACUGGGAAAAGGACAGAGAUGAAGGUGGUGGAAGGACCUGGACCAGGACACUACAAUCCAGAGGACGAUCACUCUGUGUGCUAUGAGAAUGUGAAUUUGAAGCAAGAGCUAAAAGGUCAGUCUGAGUUGCAGAUUCCUCGUUAUCAUGAACUGCUUAUACUACAGGAGAACAAGAAGGGUGUUCCAGGCCCUGGGCAGUAUGACAUUAAAGGACAGUUUGAGAAGUUAAAUGGAGUCUCUGUCUGCAGUCCAGCAUUUAUGUCACAAAUACCGAGGUUUUGCUCAGUGAAGGAUGUGGCACCCCCUGUGGGCUCCUAUGAUGAUCCACGCUGUGCUCUGGAGAGUCUGAAGAAACUCAGCGGGGUGAAGAAAAGUCCUUUUAACCUGACUGCAGCUCGAUUCCUUCCUCAAAACAGAAAAAACAUCACACCAGGUCCAGGAACAUAUAAUGUGUUUGAUUAUGGUCUGGCAAGUGAGAGUCUGCAAAAAGCACAUUUGGAGGGCAGGAGGAAGAGCGGCUUUGGUUCAACAGUCAAGAGAACUGCUAUCUUCAUCCACAGAACCCUAGAACCAGGACCAGCACACUAUAUGGUGGAGAAAAAAAGAGAGGAAUUUUACAAGCAACAGCCAACAGCAGUCUUUAAAUCAGUCAGCGAGCGACUUCCUGCACGUUUUCCUGCUACGGACACGCCUUCUCCGAGCUCCUACAAUGUGCAAGAAGCGUAUGAAAGGAUGUAUGGACACGGAGGACACGGUGAGCCUCGCACUAAAGAGGCACAACAACGGCACAGCUGCUUUUUAAGCACCGCACCCCGGAGCUCCUGCUUCCUUCAUGAUCCCCACGUCCCAGGUCCUGGUCACUACAGUCCAUACAUCAAGUCUAACACACACUUUGCUCUCAUUGGUUCUAAUGAGGAUCGAUUUAAACAACCUAAAAACACAACACCUGGACCAGGAGCAUAUGUGCUGAGUCCUACUUUUUCAGACACUUUACUAAAGCGUUCCUUCAAUGUGACCCUUCAAUCCCUAUGAUAUCACAUCCUUUGGCUCCUCCCCUGCACACGCCACAGAGACGACUCUUUCCUUCUUCAGUGCUUGAACAGACCCAGUCUCGAACCCUAACCCUAACCCUAACCCUAACCCUAACCCUAAACUCUCUAAGUGGAUGAAUCCAGCUGAAUUAUACUCAAUAUAUAAGUGGAAAUAUGAUGUAAAAAAACACGGUCAGUCUGAGACAAUGAAGUGAAAAUGAAGACUAAAGAGCAUUAAUCAUGAUGCAAUCAUAUUUCUCUUCUAAUUUUGGGUCUAUGUGUCACUGAUGUACUGCUAUUAUAAUUAUUUUACUUUGAUUAUUGUGGACGUUAUGCCUUAACAGACGUUUGGAUUCCGAUCUUUGGAUCAUCAUGUGGAUUUAUCUUUUUUUUUCAUGGAUGUCAACAUACGAGCGCCUGGUAAAGUGCUAGUAACCUCUUCCAGGGCUCCAACGAGACCCCCUGCGAUACGCAAAGUAUCUGGGUCAGAAGAAAACUACAUGUGCCAAAGAACUCAAUGUAAAACAUUUUAUUCUUGUGUUAUGUGACAUGUAUGUUUGUUAAUGAGUUAACACGGAAGUAGGCGGAGUGUGAGACUAAUUAGUCUCAGGCGGGGGAGUGAUGUCGAGAAAAAUAUUCGAAUUAACCUUAUCUAGAGUGUGUUUCAAUCCAACUAAUAUUCAUCCAAUAAAUUGACCUAAUAAUUAGUAUAGAACCUAUUAGAUACAAUAGAAGCAGCGUGAUUAAACCUAUUUUAGCUUAUGUGCUUUAAUCAGUCUCAUGUAGUCCACACAUAAAAAGCUGAGAGCAGGAGGAAGCAGUGCCUGGCUGUACCAGAGGGGGUGAAGGUUGUAUACACAUUCUUUUCUUAAGUGAAAUAGAGAAAAGGCCGUAAAUAAGGGUAAUGGGGGGGAACAGGAAAACCCCAAUAUGGAAUCAUAGGAAGGGGACUUUGCGAGGAUGAAGAAAAUAGGGGGAAAAAAAGGUAAAGGUGUCAUGUAACACCAGGGUAUAAGAAUGAGUGCGUGCAAAGUGUGUGUGCGCUUGAUCAUUUUGAUGUGAUGAAGUAACCCACCUUCUGUGGGCUCAUCAGAACGUGUUUGGAAUAAAGAAGUUUUUGCUCUUUCUCAUCCAAGACUGAAGAUUCUUCAUUGACUUUUGAGGUCUAUUUCAUUUUACUGCUCAGAGACGGGUUCUGAGUUUUGACAAUGGGGGUUAGGUUUAGGGAUGGGGGUUAGGGUUAGGUUUAGGGGUUGAGGUUGGUUUUAGGGACAGGGGUUGAGGUUAGGGUUAGGUUUAGGGAUGGGGGUUAGGGUUAGGUUUACAGAUAGGCGUUAGGGUCCCCAGGCCGUGGUCUCAGUCAGGACUGAGGCCAAAGUUUGGCAUAGGCCUGCCUGGUGCCGGAUUCCUGUUCAUCCCAUGUGUAACUUCUUAAUCCCCAUGGAUGUUUUGAACCCAAUUUCUGGAUCCAUUUCUUUUCAGCUCGUCUUCGGGCAUUCCGGGACCAGUUCCUGUUGUGUUGACGUCCCAUAAAUCUCAUUUCUUUACAACCAUGUUUUAGGAAGUGCUGUGCAAGUGCAAGUGUGUGCCUCCUUUCCCUUCCUGAUAUUAUAAAAAUGUUGAGUCAUUCUCAUUGAUAGAGCAUUUCCAGUUUCCCCUACAUAUUGUAAAUUGCAUUUAUUACAAUAAAUUAAAUAAACACAA